CGACUGACAACGCACGUGCGCGUGGGGCAACAGCGCACUCGCUGUUUAUCAUGAUAAACAUGGCUGGAAUUUACGAUAAUCUGUCUCUGGAUGUUUUACAGUCACAUUCACGUGGACUAGACACUUCUCCGCUCCUGACAGAUCCAAUGCGACCGUUCCGCGCGGAUGUUCUCACUCCCCGUACAUCCAUGAAGGCAGGCUUUAAACGAAAGGCCACAAGUACCAUGGAUUUUACCGAGUCAAGUCCCAUCCCGAAGAGUCAACCGAAUUCGUGCUCGCCCACACGGGCCAUGUCGUUCUCGCCCACGCAACAGCUGAAUCUACACACUCUGGUCAAUCAGGCAACCUGUGCAAAGCCACUGUCACCCCGUCCCACCUGGCUACCUACUAUGAACCUUCGUGCAGCAGAAUCCGUUGCGGUGACGACAUGUAUAUCACAACACUCGUCACACUCGGAAUCGAUCGAUCAAACAAACUAUUGCAGUUAUGCAGUCAAACACAAUAUGAGUAGGCUGUCAACAUCUUCAAUCUCGGCGAGACACAUUGCUGAAGAUGCCAGGUGUAGAACAGCGGACGAUCCAGCGUUGAUUGGUCAACCAGCUCCACGAACAUCCUCGUCCCAUGGUGUAUUUGGCGUAAAUGCACUCAGUGAUUCUGGAGAGUUGCCAACACCUUCCAGUUCCCCACUGGCUUCGGAAAACAAAGGGAAGAAGGCACGCCACAGAACAACGUUCUCCGUCCAUCAGCUAUCCAUCCUGGAAGCAGCAUUUGACAGCUGUCCCUACCCAGACGCAGUAACUCGUGAAGACAUUGCCUCGCGACUAGCUCUGAGUGAAUCCCGGGUGCAGGUGUGGUUCCAAAACCGACGUGCCAAGUGGCGAAAACAGGAAAACGGUCACCUGUUAGGUGGCAAUGCAGUGUCCAUAACAAACAGCCACAAUACCACCCCUAUCAACAACGGCAACAGCAGUACUAACAACAAUAGUAAUAGCUUCGAUGGCGAGGAUAUUGAUUCUUCCAUUUCUCUGAGGAGUCAUGAUCGAAGAUCUCCAAACAAUCGUCCUACGGACCUGAGUACUGUCAAAUCCCCGAUUUCAUCCAAUGGAAUUCAUGGAUCCUUGAUGGACUGUGAUCCAAGGACCGGGAUUAGCCCGCAGUCCUCUGAGCGUCAGAAUUCUCCCCUACCUCUGGUGAUACAAAAAGAACCUGAACAAGAUUCGAAAUCAUCAUCCGGGACCAGAAAGAUCACGGCGGUCUAUCCGUAUUCCGGGCAGAAAGGUUCAGACCCGUUUGCUAGACCUGAUUACAGUCCAAGCGCCAAAGUUUCAACGAAUUUCAAUCCUUCUUCGUUUUUGCGUACCUACGGUGCUCCGAUGACUGGUUCCGGGAUAAAAUGGCACUUUAUGAAUUCGGCUAGCGUCCAAGAAUCCAGCAGGAUGGAUGACCUUCCAUUCUCUGUUUCUGCUCUGACAAGAAGUAGCGCAGAGUUCGGCAAUGGGGAUGAUGAAACCGGUGAUAGUGAACAUUCGGCGAUCAAACGAAAUUCCUCCUCACCUCCUGCCAUUUCUCUAGAAGGAACCGGUCCAGACCGCCUAACAAUAGCCGAAUCGAACAAGUGGCAAAAACAUUGUUUUCAGGAAGAAUCACCAACCAGUACAGCUUCUGUGAUCAACAGUGCGCAUGAACUGUCCCUCGGUUUGAAUUCCCUCUUUCGGUUACACGGCCGUUCUUCCCGCAACCAGCACAGUCGUGCGAAUGACGAACCUGCCGAUGCGACAAACUCAUGGUUCAGAGAUGCGGUUGUGCGAACCAUUGUGUCACUAAAUGACCACUUCUCCACCGGACGCGCGGUAGGCGAAUCCAUAACUCUAACACAAAGUACUUCUCCGUGUUUGCCAACCCCACCUUCGCUGGUCAGUGGCUGCGUGUCCUCAGGGACGCCUGAUGACCACAUGAUGAGCGACAACUUAUGCUUGCGGAUGCAUGAACCGGUGGAGAAGAUGAAUCCUUUCAGUUCGAUCGAUUCGCGCACCUCACUGCAAACGAAAAUAUUUUGGGAGCGACUACUGGAGAAUCUUCAUGCUUCUACUGUCAAAAGUACCACAGCACCGAAUACCGGUGGUAUACCUGUUCCAUCAACCACUGCAAUGGAUCGGCUCUUCAGUCAUAUUGAAGAAGGCGUUAUACCUCCGGAACCCCUAUUAAACGCGUUCCUCCCUUACGACACGCCUUCCUUACUGCCCUUACCUGACUGGCUCUCAGUUCCGCCAAAUGACGUAAAGUCACCUCCCACUGAGCGUUCACCAGCUAUGAAGAACGUCAUCACAAACCAGUAUGACACGUACUCACCAGAAUCAUGGUCCUACUAUACCCGGAUGUGUGAACAAUUCAUACACCGGCAAACCAACUACUCAUCGACUGACAGCAAAACAGACAAUAAAGAAUGCGGCCUGACAAAUACCGGCAGUCAACUAUCCCAACAGCUGAUGCGAUACUGUGCACUGUAUGCGUAUGCCGAAGCUGCUGCCUUGCUUUCCGGCUGUUCCUGACUCUACACACACAACGAACGGAACUCACAACAUGUCUUAAUCCGUUGCAUCAGACCAAUCUGAUGUGCAGUGAUAAAGGCGGGAUUGGCAAACAAACAGCUACCUAUCAUUCCUGACUGCCACUUGCACAACGCCUUAUUGUGUGGAGUCAGUCUAACUGCAUUCCGUGGACACAGUAACACAAAAUCGAAAGCAUCAGUUGCUUAUUUCUGUACUUUUUAUCUUGGUUUUUCUAUUGUGACUUUUUCGUGACUCGCCUAAACAAUCCUGUUUGCCUGCCUUGUAGGCAGGCGGGAAGUGUGCAGGAGCCGUCCGUAACUGCUCUGUUUAUCUGCGCUUCAUGUGUCGCUCUCCAGAACAACUUCCCUUCAUGAACCAAUGUUAAUCUUACGUGCGUUUGGAACAGUGCCUCAAGUGUGACAGUUCUUGUAGAAAACCAAACGUUCACUGUCUCAUACUGAGUGCUCUCAGAAUUUCCAACAUUCCCGUGCCAUUGUGACCUUGAACAAUACUUCCUCAACUAACGUGAUUGGUUUUCUGCCAUGACAGCUCUGCAGAGUUCAUAAUAGUUCGACCAAUCAAAUAAAAUGCCUGUG